UUUAUGGAAUUCAAAUGCUAAUUUUUAAACUCGGCUUCCGAGUUAGCAUGUCUUCUGGAAAUCAUUUCUUUUCCGCUUCGACAGUGAUUGGGAGGAUGUGCUGACCAGCUCUUUUAUCUCAUGGAUCAUUAGGAGAGAUCUCCUGAAGGUUCUCGUGCUCUUUCUUAAACAUGCCGACUUGCGAUUUCAUGGCCAAUUCUAGAGCUUCCAUUUUGACCUGUUAAGAAUCCAAACCUGUGAACUUGCUUUGGGGUAAUGCACACUUGAGGAAGAGAGAAAAAGCACAAGCAUGAGUGAAACUCUGCAGCUCCCAGCACUGCAAGUGCAGGCUCCUUGUGAUGUGGAUCAGGAUGGAUCUCCCAGCAGAGAAAAUCCCACCAUGCUGAGUCCAUCCCUGCGGCGCAAACGUUUUAAGAUGCGCCGAAUGAAGCACGUGCAGAGUGAGAGGGAGCCAACAGACGGCUCUAAAGAGUACCUGCAGCUCCCAUCCAUUGAGAUCACGCCAUCAAGCGAUGAAGAUGCUUUCGGCUCGGGCUCGUCUACGCCGAACGCCUCGCCGUGCCGCAGACGCUCCCUUUUAAGAAAAUGGCUCAGAGGAGGCGACAAGAAGGAGCAAAGCAGUGAGAGCAGCAGUCAGCAGAGCAGCUUACAGAGCAGCCAUGAGGACGACUCGACACGCUACCUGAGCCCUAACGCCCGGGAAGACAGCACUGCGAGUAACUCGACCCGGAGCACUCCCACUUGUUCGCCCGUCCUCCGUAAGCGCUCUCGCUCGCCGGUUCCCCCGAGUGCAGACGGGGAGAACAUGGUGGAGAAGAGCUCGGACCACUCGUCCGAUAAGUCGCCCUCCACCCCCGAGCAGACGGUCCAGCGGACUUACAGCCAAUCACGCACCGGGAACAAGAACUCCAAGUCGCACAAGAGACUGUCCAGAAAAAGUCAAAGCUGGUACAACGUGUUGUCACCUACGUAUAAGCAACGCAAUGAGGACUUCAGGAAACUCUUCAAGCAGCUACCUGACACUGAACGCCUCAUUGUCGACUACUCAUGUGCCCUGCAGAGAGAUAUCCUCCUUCAGGGUCGCCUCUACCUCUCAGAAAACUGGAUUUGCUUCUACAGCAACAUCUUCCGCUGGGAAACACUGCUGAUGGUACGUCUAAAGGACAUCUGUUCCAUGACUAAAGAAAAGACGGCACGUCUCAUCCCCAAUGCAAUCCAGCUGUGUACUGACAACGAGAAGCACUUUUUUACCUCAUUUGGUGCCCGGGAUCGGACCUACAUGAUGAUGUUCCGUCUUUGGCAGAACGCUCUCCUGGACAAGCCCUUGUGUCCCAAAGAGCUAUGGCAUUUUGUCCAUCAGUGCUACGGGAAUGAGCUGGGCUUGACGAGUGAUGAUGAGGAUUAUGUGCCCCCAGACGAUGACUUUAACACCAUGGGCUGUUGCCCCCCUCCCUGGUGCAGGUACUGUGAGGAGAUCCCACCUGAGGACAAUGAGGCCCAGGACGUGUGCACCAAAACCCCAGAGGUCAAAGUUGACACGAGUCCGCAGCUGCCCGAGAAAUCCUUCACCAGCAAUAACAUCCCUUCUUCGGGCAGCGGCGACACCCCUGGUCAUUAUGACGUUCCACCAGAUGAGGAGUUUUCUGCUUGUCUUCCUGAAGAUCUCCUAAGUCUGCCUUUACCAGAGAACAAGCUGUCCAAAUCCAGUGGUCCUGCACCAUCGCCGUCGCUUGACUUCAACGACAACGAGGAUCUUCCAACCGAGCUAAGCGACUCGUCGGAAACCCAUGAUGAUGGAGAAGUCCAGGCUUUCCACGACGAUUUAAAUGGGAAGCUGUACAUCAACGAGGUGUACAAGUUUAGCGUGGACAAGCUAUAUGAUCUCCUCUUCACCGAGUCGCAGUUCAUGCAGGACUUCCUGGAGCUACGGCGCUUCUCCGGUGUGGUGUAUCGUCCAUGGAAGAAGGAGGAGACGGGAGACCAGAGCAGAGAGAUCAUGUAUACCAUCUCCAUCACCAAUCCCCUGGCUCCAAAAACCGCUACAGUCACUGAGACUCAGACCCUGUACAAAGCCAGCCAGGAGACCGAGUGCUACAUCGUGGAUGCCGAAGUCAUCACCCAUGACGUCCCUUAUCACGACUACUUCUACACGCUCAACCGCUACAUGCUAACAAGGGUGGCUAAGAACAAAUGCAGAUUAAGGGUUUCCACAGAGUUACGCUACAGAAAACAGCCUUGGGGUCUCGUCAAGGGCUUUAUUGAGAGAAACUUCUGGAGUGGCCUCGAUGAAUAUUUUAGACAUUUAGAACUGGAGCUGAGCAAAGUGGAAGUCGUGCUCAACGAACCCCACAGACCAUCUCCCAAAACCAAAGCGACGCGCUCGUCCACGAUGAGGCGACACCGGAAACGGGCGACGGCUCACCUCCGGCCGCAGCACAUGGACGAGGAGCUGAGCGCCAUCACCACCGCCGAGGAUGACGAGGUCAUCCAGCGCAUCAAACACGUCCCAGGAUCCACACAGACGCGGCACUUCCCCGACCCGGCCGCCGGAGGUCUGGCUCUCUACAGCGUCUCCAAACUCCUGCUCAUCAUCAGCUUCGUCCUGGUGCUGCUGGUUUUCCUGAACCUGAUGCUGUUCUAUAAGCUGUGGAUGCUGGAGCAGGCCACACAGAGCUUAGUGUCGCUGCAGGGCCUCCGAGCUCGCGACAGUAAACUUCCCCAAACGCAGAUGGAGUGGGCUCAGCUUCUGGAGUCGCAGCAGCGUUACCAUGACGACGAGCUGGAGAAGUGGCGGGAGAUAAUCAAGUCGUCUGUGGUUUUGUUAGACGAGAUGAGAGGAUCGCUACUGAACCUGCAGAAGGGAAUCAGCAUGAGAGACGACGGCUCCGCGGCCCAGGACAAACGAAACCGCUACCACUGACGAUCGAAGACCUCGGGCCGAACGGACACGCGGUGCAAUAAAAGGGUGUGGAGGAACCUCAGAAGCUGCCUCGCUCCUCUCCGCUCCACUCCAGCACAGCUCACUGAGCGUCGCAAAAAUGAACCGUCCUGAUCUUCAAGCCCAAAUAUGACUCCUGAGUCGUUUGUUCGUUCGUUCGUUCGUUCGUUCAAAGGACUCAUUCAAGUGUUAAACGCACACGCAGCGACGUCUCCGCUGCGGCACCUCCACCAUCACCUCUCUUUAUUUAUUUAUUUUUUUAAAUAAAAAAAAAAUAAUUAUGUUUAGGAGUCCGGGACCAGGUUAACCUUUGACCUAAUAUCUUACAUGCGAACGUGCACAGAUAAGAGAAUGUGGAAGGCAUAAUUAUAAAUACACACACACACACACACACACACACAUACACAUUUCUAAUUUAUAAGUAGAGCUAUAUUUGUUGCCAGAGCUACCUUUUUACUGAGGCUUCCAUGGAAAAAUCGGGGCGGGACCUCGGAGAGCUUGUGCCAUGGUGCUAAUUAUGCAUUAAUGUCCAUGUUACAGUUCCAGGUUUGUUUGUCUGUGUGUAGCGUAGCUUGUUUCUCUUAUCGGAACGUUUUGUUGCCUGUAACAGUGAAUGGUCGAGCAGACGGCGUGAUCUGCAAAACUGCAUCCGUUUUUCAUUUACUGGUGUUCACAUUUGUUUUGUUUUAACACUGGUUUGUUCACGAUUCUUGAGUUGCCAACUUUAUUUAUACUCAUCGUCCAUCACGUUUGUGUGUUACACAAUUGGUUGCUGAUGGAAGGCUUGAAAAUCGUGUGUGAACUACGCAUGUGCCGAUAUUCCUUAUUUUUUUCACAACUUCCAAAAAAAAAAAAAAAAAAAAAAAACGUUGGUUUUGUUUAACGAGGAAGCUGUCUUUAGAAGCAGCACUUUGAUAUCUCUGACAUCUAAGUAUCCAUUCGACUUUGGUUUAAAGACUGCGAAACAUCACCCUGUUGCUAGGUUACCGGCGUACCCUUAACGAUAACGAACCCUGAACUUGGCGAAAUAUAUCAGGGAGCAAAUAUUAUAAUGGAUAGUACACCGACCGUCUUUUGUUUAUUUUUGCUGCGAGUCAGAAAUAAUUCUUGAAUCUGAUUGGUCAGAAAGUGAUUAAUUCAUCUAUUAGACCAGGCCUGAUGUUCAGUAUCAAUGUGCUCGUUCUAAUGCGUUAUUGUUUCCAUAGUAACAGUGACCGCUCGUUCGCUUUUUUUUCUGUAAGGAGACGUCUAUGCAACACAUACGGAAGGAGUCUCCGGUGUCAAGCAACUUGACCCUGACGUUUUCCGUUACGUCACAAUUACAACUUGCGGUUUCUUGCAAGCAAGCUGCUUUUACUACACAGAGGCUGGUUUAGCGUACAGUAACUGAGGACAGGAAGCGAUUUCAUAGGUACGUAAACAGAUUAUCGGCACAUGCCCGGAACAGAACUCUUCUCUUUCCUACAUACGUUUUCAUUUUGUCUGUUUUUUAACGUUGCCUUUGAGAGUCGUGGAAGUACAGGACUGUGCAAAAGUCUUAGGCACCAUUUUAUAUGCUGGCUGUAAAGAAAAAAAUAUACUGUAGUACAAGACAAACAACCUAAUGUACGCUCCUGGGAUUUGGAUAAAAAUAUAGAGGAGCGAGUGUGACAAAGUUACCAGAAGAACUCAUAUUCUCCAGCAUGCUCAGUAAAACCUAACAACUGUUUUCUUAUAGUACUGUGCAAAAGUCUUAGGCACAUACAAAGAUGCUUUUGAAAACAUUUCUGCAUGAAAGAAACUUCUAUACCGAGCAAUAGAAAUAAAGUCAAUAUUUGGACUGAAAACUCGUUGUUUAAAAUCGGGAGUUUUAGACACAAAUUUGUGCAGUUUUAUAAGAAAGAAGCUUAAAGUAUGUUUUUUGUUUACAUCUGAAAACUGGUCUGUCUUGUACUAUGUAUUUUUUUUCUUUACAGCCAUGCAUAUAUUCUCCUGUAAUGUUAUUGAUUUAUAAUUUUUUGAAGUUAUAUAUGGAAAUACUGCAUGAUUUUGUACAUAAUUAUGCAGACAUGAUAAACAUACAGUAUAUAACAAAAUUAGUACAGCAUAUAUAUAAUAUGGUGCCUAAGACUUUUGCACAGUACUGUACGUGAAGGAGUAAACUGUAAAGACAAAAAAAAAAAACCACAACUGUAUGAGAGAUCGAACUGGAAGCUUGUGGGAUUUAUUUUCAGUGUUAUUUAAACGACUCCUUUAUAUCCAAAGCCUUACAGUUGGGCAAAGUCUUAACCAUGGUGUCUGGCAGUGCCGGGAUUUGAACCUAGAACCUUCUGAAGGAGGAACCUUAUCUCGAGCUUCUAUAAAAGCUGUUAAGAUACCUCCAGAUCCAGGGCUCCGAUGUAACUAAUAUAGACAAAUCUCUUUUUUUAACCUGCAGCUUGUUAUAUUGAGCCGGGCGUUUAAUUAAUAACAACCAGAGAUCGAUCAGGAGUCGAGUUUCUUUAGUUGAUUUUCUUUCUUUUAAUUUUGAUUUGAUUUUAUUAUUUUCCAGCCAGGAGUCAAUGCAAAGCUGCUUCUUCUUUUUUUUUUUUUUUUUUAACUACUACUGUGAUGUCCAUUUCUUUCAGAGCCGGUGUUGCAUGUUUACCGUGGAAAAGUCUGCGUGAGAAAUAAUUGGCACUGCAGCGUUAGCAUCACAGCCCCCUACAGCCAACUAUUCACUGAUUUAUGUGCACAAAUGCUUGUGAAGUGCUUCUGCUUAACUCCUCAAUACAAUCCCUUACGACUUGAACGGGUAAAUAACUGGAGUAGCUUAAUAAGGAUCCAAACAUAGUGGGUGUUCAAAAAAAAAAGAAAAAAAGAAAGACAGCAUUGGAACACAGCCGGAUGCUUUCAUUGCUUUAUCAGGGCUUGGAAUAGUCAUGGUCGUGACUGUGAACGGUCCAGUUAUUGAUAGAGAAUUACAAUUUAAUAUCUCACAGCAUGCUUCUGUGCAAAUCUCAAGACAGACGUAAUAAAGGGAAUUGGUUAGUUUAUCAGAAAAAAGCGAGCUGCUCAUGAAUGCCAAAUAUUAUCAUUACUUUCUUACCCCUUGUUUAAGGUUACUCCUUGUUCAAAAUCGUGUUGCUCCGUCAUCCUUCGAUUUUUUUUCAUCCCAGCACAUGAAAGUAUCGAGCUGUAGCUGCAAAACAAGAAUUAUGGUAUUGUAUUGCAGGUUGCAAAAUGCAUAAAAUCUUAAAUGUUAUUUUUAUUACUAUUGUUAUCAUUAUUACUAUUAUUAUUAUUAUUAUUAUUAUUAUUAUUUUAAUUGACCUAUAUCGAGCUGAAAUAUUUAUACUUAUACUAUAACAGAUGUACAUGUUGUAUAUGUAUAGUUCCUGUGUACGGAAAAGGGCUCCAGUGUGUCGCGGGUCGAAAUGCUGGUGGUCCUGAAAAAGAUACUUUCAGAGUAAAAAAUCGAAAAAAGAUUUAUGUGAUCAAUAAACAGGCGGAAUGAAUAAAGAUAUUUAAGAGCUGUU